AUGGCUUCUCUCGCAUCGGGGCUUUUCAAGUCCCUCCCCAAGCCCAAAUACACUGGCGAGGAAGAAGAGUUGCCCCAGCAUGCACAACCCCGUGGUCCGCGUGUGGUGGGCGCCGACCAGCUUGACGAGACUCAAGUAGUCCUACGGAGAACUGGUCCUCCGCCAUAUGGCAACCGCGCAGGAUGGCGCCCUCGAGCUCCCGAAGAUUUUGGCGACGGCGGUGCUUUCCCGGAGAUUUUAGUGGCGCAAUACCCCCUCGACAUGGGACGAAAGGGCACUUCCUCGACAUCAAAUGCGCUCGCGGUGCAGGUCGACGCCGAGGGCAAGGUUAAGUACGAUGCGAUCGCUCGGCGGGGACAUGGAGACAACCGCAUCGUCCAUGCCUCAUUCAAGGAUUUGAUCCCGUUACGCCAGCGGGUAGACAUGGGAGAAAUUUCCCUUGAUCGACCCUCCGAGGAAGAAGUUCAGGCACAGAUGGAGAAAACCAAGACUGCUCUGGCCAGCUUGGUGGACGGAGCUGUAUCUGCACAGAAGCCAAAGAACGUGAAGGGCGGAAGCAGAGCCGAGCCAACAUUCGUUCGAUACACACCAGCAAACCAGAUGGGCGAUAAUAAUAAGAAGAACGAUCGGAUUAUGAAGAUUGUCGAACGGCAACAGGAUCCUAUGGAGCCUCCCAAGUUCAAGCACAAGAAGAUUCCCCGUGGCCCCCCCACCAAGAAGCCUGGCGAAUCCCCCCCACCCGUGUCGAAUUGGAAGAACCCCAAGGGAUAUACUGUUCCCCUGGACAAGCGUUUGGCAGCAGAUGGCCGUGGAUUACAAGAUGUGUCUAUUAAUGACAAGUUCGCUCAGUUUGCUGAGGCUCUAUUUACAGCCGAUCGUCACGCACGUGAGGAGGUGCAACUGCGCGCCCAGAUGCAACAAAAGCUGGCAGAGAAGGAGAAGGCUCAGAAGGAGGAGCACCUCCGACAGUUGGCACAGAAGGCACGCGAGGAGCGUGCUGGACCCAGCCGACGCGCAGAUUCCCGACCCCGCUCUCGCUCUCGCAGUGCCAGCCGCAGUGUUUCCCCUUACUCUUCAAGGUCCGGUACCCCGAGUGAGGAUGGCGAGGCAGCUCGAGAGCGUGAGCGCGAGCGUCGUGAACGCCGACAGGAGAAUGAGCGACAGCUUCGUCAAUCCCGUAUGGGUACGGAGCGUCGGAUCCAGACGAUGGCACGCGAGCAGAACCGUGAUAUCUCUGAGAAGGUGGCUCUCGGAUUAGCCAAGCCAACACAGAGCUCUGAAUCCAUGUGGGAUUCGCGUCUCUUCAACCAGACCAGUGGUAUGAGCUCUGGCUUCAACGAAGACAACCACUACGAUAAGCCGCUAUUCGCUGCGCAGGAUGCCAUCAACAGUAUCUACCGUCCUCGGGCCCAGGCCGAUGCGGACAACGAAGAUGCGGGCGAAGGCGAGAUGAGCAAGAUUCAAAAGACGAGCCGGUUUGAGGUUUUGGGUCGGGCUAAGGAAGGUUUCCGUGGUGCUGCUGACGCUGAGGAACGUCAAGGUCCUGUCCAAUUCGAAAAGGACACCGCGGAUCCUUUUGGAAUUGAUAGUAUGAUUGCCGAUGUGACUACAGGUCAGAAGCGCUACGGUAUUCAAGAGGCUGACAAGGACGACCGCGGAUCUAAGCGCGCCCGUGUGGAUGACGACUAA